UAUAGUUGUGGGCGAGAUGGGCCCGUGCCGAAGUGUCGGGAAGACUCAUGGUGGUCGUGUGUUUACCUCGUCAGCUGAGAGGGAAGCUAAGAAAUGUGCCCAUACACCAUAGCGUAGCAUUGAUUCGUGGACUGUAUGAUAGCACCCUUUAUCCUGAGCUGCAAGAUGCACUAUUUAAAUCAGUAGUAGGCUGCAACGCCGACUUGCAAAGAGUAAAAGUGACAAGUUUCAGAAUAAUGCAAAACUAACUGAAUCACACAAUGAGGGAAGCAUGAGGUGAUGAUGUGUGAGUUGUGAGGCAUCAUUGGUCACUGCCAGCACUUCAUUACUUCCACUCAUUACAAGUUGCCUUCAUAACUGCAAGAUGUCAGGAGUGGGUGCAGUGAGCAGCUUCCACAAGAGAGGCAAGGCGCGGGUGGUGAGCAUCCCCGGGGCACGGCCAUCAGUGCACAACUCUCAGCUGCUGCUGUCCACUGGCAUGCCAUCCUUGGACCACCUGCUGGGGGGUGGCCUGCCCGUGGGAUCCAUCCUGCUGGUGGAGCAGGACCGCCAUGACGUGUACAGCAAGCUGUUCCUCAAGUACUACCUGGCCGAGGGCGUCAUGAGCGGCCACAUGCUGACCCUGGCCAGCCUAGAUGAGUCUCCCCAGACCCUGAUGGCCACCCUGCCAGCCUCCACUGACAGGGAGGUGGAUGAGGACUCUGCCACCACCACGGACCAGCAGAUGACCAUUGCCUGGCGGUACCAGAGCCAGAGUGCACCGCCAGCCAGCCUGGCCAGUGCUAACCGCUUCAGUCACAACUUUGACCUGCUUGGAACCAUGGAGGAGGACCAGGUGGCCAAGGUGGACACUUGUCUGUUCGACGGCAGCGAAGUGGAGUCGGCGGCCUCCACUGGGUACUACUGGCCGCUGCUGCAGCAGAUUGAGAGGCGGAUAGCGGACGGCGGUCUCUCCACGGCAUGCAACAAGGCCAAGACUAAUGUGAUGCGGCUGGCAGUGCACGGCCUGGCCUCGCCACUCUGGGGGUGGGAAUUCAGCCGCCUGGAGAAGGACCACCAGUGGCACAGACUCACCACCUUCCUGUAUGGCCUCCGCGCUUUGGUGCGUUCCUCAUUCUCUGUGUGCAUGGUGACUGUCCCCUCCCACCUCUUUCAUGACAUGGCCCUUCUGCGCCGCCUGCAGGCCUUGGCAGACUUUGUGGUGCGGCUGGAGUCCUUUCAAGGCUCAGACAAGGAGACCAACCCAAUCUUUAAAGACUACCAUGGUCUGUUCCACGUGGUGAAGCUGGCAGCCAUCAACACCCUGGUGCCACCGCUGCUGGAUGCCACAGACUGGGUGUUCAAGCUGAGGAGGCGCCGCAUGGUUAUUGAGAGGCUGCACUUGCCGCCUGAACUGUCCGAGACUGUCAGCAGGAGCCAGGAAGACACCCUCACCAAACCCAACACUCUGGCAUGCAUGGGAGACAAACUGCCCAGGAAUCUGGAGUUUUAGGUGUGUGUGUGUGUGUGUGUGUGUGUGUGUGUGUGUGUGUGUGUGUGUGUGUGUGUGUGUGUGCACCAAACUGGAGUGAAACAUAGCCAGCAGUCAAGUGUUCAUUGUUCACCACUGACUGACAUGUGAGUGUAAUGCUUGGUGAUGUUAAAGUGAAAUGUGUUAUCUGAAAGGCUGGAACCAAGUUGGCCUCUAUUCUGGAAAUCUUUCUCUUUUUACAUUUUGAAAUAAGCAUCCAAGUCACUUUUCUCCUUUUUUGUACCUUUGGAUGGUUCCUUCUUUCACACACUACUUGUAUGAGAACUCCUGUGGACCCAGAGCACAGGGAAACAGGAGACAGACAUGGUGAGGUGCUGCAUUGUAUGAUUCUCUCUCUCUCUCUCUCUCUCUCUCUCUCUCUCUCUCUCUCUCUCUCUCUCUCUCUCUCUCUCUCUCUCUCUCUCCAGCACAAAUAUAACAUAGCUUAGUGAGUGAAUUGAUUCCCUGUGUUGCUGACAUCCCAAGAUUCAUGACUCACAGUAUUUUAGAAACAAUCUUGUGUAACUUCUGCUUAAAAGAUUGGCACUGGGGUUGACAAGACAGUGAAAGUAUUUCUAUUAAAGCCUUUUAUAAUGA